AAGGCGAGGCCGGGAAUGGCCGGCGGGGCGCGGGCGCCGCCGUGACCUGGAAGGAAAUCGCCGUCACCGGGAUAAACUUCCCGGGCAGCGCGGAAGGGCCGGGCCGGCACCAGGCUCUGGGUGAUGCCCAGCCCUCCAUGGAAUGAUGCCGUCCCGCACCAACCUCUCCGCUGGCAUUCCCAGUAGCAAGGUGAAAUAUUCCAAGCUCUCCAGCACUGAUGAUGGAUACAUUGACCUGCAGUUCAAGAAGAGCCCACCAAAGAUCCCCUACAAGGCCAUCGCCCUGGCUGUUGUGCUCUUCAUGAUCGGGACCUUCCUCAUCAUCAUCGGAGCCCUGCUGCUGGCAGGGUACAUCAGCAAAGGAGACACAGACAGGGCCAUCCCCGUGCUCAUCAUCGGCAUCCUGGUGUUCCUGCCCGGCUUUUACCACCUGCGCAUCGCCUACUACGCCUCCAAGGGCUACCGGGGCUACUCCUACGACGACAUUCCCGACUUUGACGACUGAAACAAGCACCCCACCCCGCCCUCCUUGGUUGCUCAGAGCUGGUUUCUGUCCCCCCCCCACCCCUGGGGGGGCCUGGCAGGUCCUCCCAGCGUGUCCCUCGGGCGGUUCCCGGGUUUGAGGUGUUGCAGGUUGGCCAGUUCGGGGGGGGGGAGGGGAUGGGGGGUUUGGGGAGGGGCUGGAACACGGAAUUGACCAAAAGGAAUUGCAAAGAACUUGGGAUUUAUGGUGUUCUUCCUCUUUCCUGCUGCCGGGAAGUCCUUCCCGGGCGAGGCAAUUCUUGCAGUUUUCCAGAAGUAGCUGAGCCGCUUUCAGCAGCAGAUCCUGGUUUUUCUCUGACUGUUUUGUAGAGUUUAGUUUAGUUUUCCAUGAGAUUGUGGUGGUUGUUGGCUUUACCUUUGCAGGCAAACACCGUAGUUCCGUUCUCCCUUUGCUCUCUGUCCAUCAGAAAUGCUUCCAGAGUCCUUGUCCUGAGCUUUCCUUGGAGUAACUCAAGUCUGAUGUGCUUGGCAGGAGGGGGAAAACAGCACUGUAGGAAAUAAUUUACACACUGCACUUGCUACACAGCUCCUUGUCAGGCUGACCGAGCUCAGUUCCCCACAAACACAUUCUUCCCAGGAGAGCUUUUCCCAGGCCACUGUUGCUUUGGGCAAAAUCCGCUUAUCCCUCA